AUGCAGUCACCAUCCCCACAGCUUCUGCGAGCUCUGCGCACCUCGCUAGUGCACACUCAUCGCACCUCGAACUUGACUCGAUCCUUCCCAAUCCCAUCGAUUUCGUGUCCCAUCUCAAGCUGUAGCACACCAAUCCCUUCAACACACCGCAACUAUAGCUCUAUCCGGCCAACCCGCAUGAUCCCGCGCUCACAUGCGCACAAGCCUGUCAGCCACGACCGUGGACCAGCGUCCAAAGAAGACACGCAAACGAACUUCGAUGCACUGAACGUAUUGGGGAACAUCCCUGCGCCCACGACGGCUAUUGACGCAUGUCUUGAUUCCGGAUUUCAUCUUAACAACGGCGUCAAGGUCACCAACGGCGAUGGAUUGUUGCUUGUCGGUGGCGAGGCGUUUGCGUGGCGGCCUUGGAAGGCAUUUGAGGGUGCGGAGAAUGAUCGUGUCGCUAAGGAUGCUAUGCUCAAUGCUAAGGGUCAGUUCGAGCUGGACGAAUCGGUUUGGGGGUUGUUGAAUCUUGUCUGGCCUAAGCCUGAUAUGCUUAUUCUUGGCCUUGGUGGCUCGAUGUUCCCGCUUUCGCCUGAAACUAAGCGUCAUAUCAACUCUCUGGGAAUUCGGGUUGAUAUCCUUGAUACUCGAAAUGCGGCCGCGCAGUUUAACUUGCUUGCUACGGAGCGGGGUGUUACUGAAAUCGCUGCUGCAAUGAUACCUAUUGGAUGGAAGGCUAGACCUCUCUAG